AACCAGUUUCCCAGUUCAAACUCAUCUGACAAUUUGCAUCCCUUCCUCAGCCUGCCAUGGAGUUCUUGGGAUGGCCAACAAUCCUCUUGCUGGCCUGCAUCUCAUGCCUUCUCAUUGCUGCAUGGAGAAGUUCAUCACAAAGAGGGAAGGAGCCUCCUGGUCCCACACCAAUCCCCAUAAUUGGAAAUGUUUUUCAGCUGAACCUAAGGGAUUUGAUGGAAAGCUUCAAGGAGCUCAGCAAAAAGUACGGCCCUAUCUUCAAAAUACAUCUAGGCCCUAAAAAGGUUGUGGUGCUCUAUGGCUACGAUGUUGUGAAAGAAGCCCUAAUUGAUAAUGGAGAAGCCUUCAGUGGGAGAGGCAAUCUGCCACUUAUAGAGAAAGUCUUCAAAGGCCUAGGCAUUGUGACCAGCAAUGGGGAGACCUGGAGGCAGAUACGACGAUUUACCCUCACCACCCUGCGUGAUUUUGGAAUGGGGAAGAAGGGCAUUGAGGAGCGAAUCCAGGAGGAAGCUCGUUUUCUGGUGGAGAGGAUCAGGAACACACAUGAGAAACCUUUCAAUCCUACUGUGUUUUUAAUGCAUGCUGUUUCCAACAUCAUCUGCUCCAUUGUAUUUGGGGAUCGGUUUGACUAUGAGGACAAGAAAUUUCUGGAUUUAAUUGAGAUGCUGGAAGAAAAUGAAAAGCACCAGAAGAGAAUACAAACACAGCUCUACAAUUUCAUGCCAACCAUCCUGGAUUAUUGGCCUGGGCCUCAUAAAACACUAAUAAAAAACUUUGAUAAAGUUGAUGACUUCAUUACUGAAAUCAUAAAAGCACACCAGGAAUCUUUUGAUCCCAGCUGCCCUCGAGAUUUUAUUGAUGCUUUUAUCAACAAAAUGCAACAGAAGAAAGGCAACUCUAUUUUCACUGUUGAGUCCUUGACCAGAACCACACUUGACUUGUUCCUUGCGGGAACUGCGACAACCAGCACCACACUGAGAUACGGACUCCUGAUUCUCCAGAAAUACCCAGAGAUUGAGGAGAAAAUUCACAAGGAGAUUGACCGUGUGGUGGGCCGAGACCGAAGCCCCUGCAUGGCAGACAGGAGCCAGAUGCCAUACACAGAUGCUGUGAUCCAUGAAAUCCAGAGAUUCAUUGAUUUCCUUCCAGUUAACCUACCACAUGCUGUGACCAAGGACACCAAGCUCAGAGACUAUUUCAUACCCAAGGGCACCGUGAUAUUCCCUUUGCUGUCUCCCAUCCUGCAAGACUCCAAGGAAUUUCCUAAUCCAGAAAAAUUCGACCCGGAACAUUUCCUGAAUGCAAAUGGCACCUUCAGAAAGAGUGACUACUUCUUGCCAUUUUCCACAGGAAAACGCAUCUGUGCAGGAGAAGGUCUGGCCCGGAUGGAGAUAUUCUUAUUUUUAACAUCCAUCCUGCAGAACUUUACUCUGAAGCCCGUUGUAGAUCACAAGGAUGUUGACAUUUCUCCCAUAGUCUCCUCUGCAGGAAAAGCUUCCCGACCUUAUGAAGUGUCAUUUAUUCCACGUUAGACAAGUGAAGACAGCUGGCACCUCUCAAAUUAGAAUGACAGUCUUCUUGAACGACAGUCAUUGCCCAUCCUGAUGAGAUUGAAACACUCAGAUAAUUCGCUGGUUUCUUCAGGGACAGAAAAGUUAUGCUUUUAAAGAAAAGUAAUUGCAUGCUGUUCUUAUAAUCAGUACAGCCAGCUCUAAACAGAAUCAUAGUGGGUGACUGUGUAGGGAAGGUGACAGUUCUUAGGGAGAUUGAUAGAGGCUCUCCUUUGCACUUACAUUACCAGCUCAAGUUCCUGUCUAGUUCCUGAUGUGUCAGGGUGUGCAGGCUCUAAGAACCCUUUUGCUGCUGCUGCUGUUCCCAUCACCUAAACCUCUCAGCACAGAAGGAAAAGAUGCUUGCCCCACAGACUGUUUCAGGCACAUCUCUCUGUGUUUUCAGUGAUCUGUUGCUUGUGAUCUGUUUGUAAAGGAAAUCAUAAAGCAACAUGGAACCAUUUCAUUCUGUCAGAACACGACCAUCUACUGUAUUCUUGUCCUAGUACAUAUCAUUUACCCAUAGUGUGGAACAAGUUAAUAUGAUGGCUGAGCAAAUGGAUCCUCUCUUCUGUAAUUAUAGUGAAGGUCUGUAAAAAUAAAAUCUAUACUGCAAAUCUAAUGAGAAGUAGUGCACCAAAUUGUUUUUUUACAUUCCUGAAAGACAUGUUCCAGUGGAAAACCCUUCUCCACAAAGCUUAGAUACACAAAUACUGUCCAAAAUAGGUACAUAUCUGACUGUUUUAUUUCACUUGUUUAUAUGAAAUGCACUAUGGCUUUAAGACAGGAUCUAGAAAACUUCCAUUCUCAGAAACAAUGUGGAAGAAGACUGGACUGACCUUAUUAGUCCUACCAGAGCAAAAUCUGCAAUUACAGCACUUUUCACUGUGAUAAAAGAGAGUGAAAUAAUACUGGGAUCUCCAUUAUGCCAUUUACAAGCUGAAUGGCAUCUGGCUUCUUCUCAUUACUUUUAUGAAGUAUGUGCAGAUCACUAAAUUAAUUUUUAAAACAUCACUUAGAAGAUGCAUAUGAACUGACAAAGACAGAUCUAUGGAUUCAGGUCUGGCAUUUCCCAAACUGAUCACAUUCCCUGCAACAUAUAGCUUACUGUGAUUGCAGUGAAAACAGAGCUGAAUCUUUGCUAUGUGGAACAAUAUAGUACUUGUAAUGUCACCACAAUGUCAUGUUAAAGCUCUACAGAAAAAUCAAACCAUGCAGGAUUUUCAGAUUGCGCAGACCUAGUUUCUCAACUUCAUUGUUUCUCAUCCAUACAAUACAGACACAAAAAUGAAGAUAUGUGAGUAUCUGCUAGGAUUAUGAUCUGGUUGCUUCAGGCUAAACUGUGGCUAAGGAUAAUGCCCAAAGGAAAGACACAAAUGUGUCUGGAACAGAGAGGUAGCAUAACAACAUUUCAAUCAAGAAGGAGCACCAAGGUUGAAAAAGACCUCCAAGAUCAUCCAGUCCAACCAAUAUUUCCUCACUAAACAGUCAUGGAAUCAUAGAAAGGCUUGGAUUGGAAGGGACUUCAAGGAUCAUCAAGCUCCAAUUCUCCUGCCACAUGCAGGGCCACCAACCCCCAUAUCUAAUACUAGACCAUGAUGUCCAGGGCCCCACCUGGGCUUUGAAAACCUCCAGGGACAGGGCAUCCACUCUAGGCAGCCUGUUUCGGCACCUCACCACUCUCUUGGUAAAGAACUUCCCCCUGAUGUCCAAAUUAGUCUUCCUUCCUUCUACUUAAAACCAUUUCCCCUUGUCCUGCCAUGAUCUACCCUUGUAACGAGUUAACUCCCCUCCUCUUUGUAGGCUCCCUUUAAGGUACUGGAAGUCUGCAAUGAGGUCACCCCGCAGCCUUCUUCUCUCCAGGCUGAAUAAACCCAGCUCCCUCAGCCUAUCUUCGUAAGGGAGGUGCUUCAGCCCUCUCAUCAUCUUUGUGGCCAUCCUCUGGACCCUCUCUAACAGUUCUGUUUUUCUUUUAUUGGGGACACUAGACCUGGACACAGUACUCCAGAUGGGGUCUCACAAGGGCAAAGUAGAGAGGGACAAUCACCUCCCUCUCCCUGCUGGCUACCUCUCUUCUGAUGGACCCCAGGAUACCAUUUGCUUUCUGAGCUGCAAGAGCACACUGCUGGCUCAUGUUCAGUUUUUCAUCCACCAACAAUGUCCAUCAGUACAACACCUUAACAUUUCUCAAACACCUCCAAGGAUGGUGACUCAGUCAUCUCCCUGGGCACUGCAUUCCACUGCUGUAGACAAUUUAAGGUUUCUCAGGUGAUCCAAGUCAAGGCAAAGCCAAAGAAGAGUCUGGGAUCUGAAAGAAACACAGUUUAAGUCCUUGCAGAAAAAGACAGAAACAACUCACUUGCCUUAAAAUCACCAUUUCUAUCCAAGAAAUGCUCUGGCAUGAAUUGAUCUGGAUCUAGAAAUUCUCUGCUGUCAUACAGAUUUGUGACAGUGCAUACUCAGAUUCUUGAGAAUAACAAACAUUAAGGCUUAUAGCACAGCUCAGACCCUGCAUUAGAGGGUGGAGGCUUACACCACAUUGUGUGACUGAACUAUCAAAUAACUUUGCAUGAGACAGCUUUCUUAAAUUCCCUAUCCUUGUCAUCUCAAAGUUCAGGUUAUUAUAACCUUAAUAAAGGCUCUGCAUGUUAGGACCUCAACUCUUUGAAAGGGAAGAUAACUGCAGGACAAGGGGGAAUGGUUUUAAAUUGAGUGAGAGAAGAUUUAGUUUGGAUGUCAGGGGGAAGUUCUUUGCUAUGAGAGUGGUGAGAUUCUGGAACAGGCUGCCCAGGGAUGUUGUGGAUGCCCCAUCCCUAGAGGUGUUCAAGGCCAGGUUGUAUGGGGCCCUGGGCAGCCUGGUCUACUAUUAAAUGGAGAGGUUGGUGGCUCUGCAUCUGGUAGGGGGGUUGGAGCUUGAUGAUCCUUGAGGUCCUUUCCAAUCCCGGCCAUUCUUUGAUUUUAUGUGACCAAAAUCAGCAACUAUCAGCAAAUGGCUUGCACCAGAUUUGGUAUCCAUUGCUUUGUUUCUUGGAUGUGAUAUCAACAUCUCCACCUCCCAUUAAUUAAGCACAUACAUUCAUAUUGAUCUUCAUUGCUUAACCUCCUGUAUGACAGAAUUUGUGUCAUGCGCUUGGUUUCAAUCAUCUGAACGGGGUCUUUCUUUGAUUUUAUAUUGUCAGUUGGUGAACUGGUCCAUAAUCAUUUUUCUUUGCAGUCCUUAUGAACUACUUAUUCAAGUGACUAUUCAUUAACAUUAACCUCACAGUCAUGGACUAAUUUUCAUUCCAUCAUUUCUAUUUUGUCAACUGUAUUGAGUCAAAGCAAGAAAGAAUGGUGAUGUUUUUUGCUCUGUCAAUACUCUUGUUUCUUCAACUGUAAUCCUUUAUAUAAGCAGUGUGUGAGACUGCUCUGUAUCUUGGGGACACAUGCCUAGGAAUGGGUGGGCAAAGCUGUCACAGUCAUUCCACAAGUUGAUCUUUUAGCUACACACAGGCAUAAACAAAUUGGUUAGGACACAGGCACAGGUUCAGCUAAAGAGCUGAAGUAAGGUUACUUACUACCUCUGGUUACUGCCUAUCCUGCUCCACUAUUCUAGGUUUUCUUAAAGCUUUUGUUAGUACAAAUAACACCAUCACCAAAAGAAAAAUAAACCUACCCAGCCAUAACUCUCAGAGGAAAAUGCAUGGGACUAGUGAAUUAAAAAGUUUAGCUAUAGAUGGAAAUCAUCACAGUAAAAAAGGUACCAUGUAGCUCACAGUAUCUUUUUUUGUUUUUCCAAAACAUACUUUAGAAACUCAGCACUGGCUCAAAACAUGCCUGAGAAGGGCUCUUCUGGAUUACCUGUGGAUGAGAUACCCAAUAGAGAGGGAGUGCAUUGCCAUCACCAACUGAUCAGUCUCUGGACAAAUAUAAUUUAUCUUAAAAAAUACACCCUUAUUAUUACAACUACAAUACAGUCCCAAGUUUUUUAAUCACUGGACCAGGUUCUGCUUAAUGUGCACCAUCAAAUCGUGCAAACUCCCUUGACAUCUUCUGAAGAUUAAGGCAAGUCAUUCUUCAGGUCUGGUUAAGUACAUUUCUUAUGAAGGGUAAAGCAAAUGGUUCAGGAGGCAACUUCCCUAUUUCAGACAUCUUCCUCCAUGUAGGCUGAAGAGACAAGGAGACAAACAAUGCAAACAGUAAGAAAAUAGUUGUGAAUCCCAGGGGUUCCAUUACAACAGGAAACAGGAAUGCUGAAUCAAAGGAGGGCUUGAUGCUGCAUCCUGGAAAUCUCCCUUUGUGUAUGCUAUGGUUUAAUCAAUAAAUAAAAUAAAUAAAUAAAUAAAUAACAGUGCAAAGGCAAUCAAUAGCUCCUGCCUCCUCUGGAUUAAGCAUAACUGGUUAGAUAAAACCAAUAGCUGCUGACAAACUUGGAUGAACUGCUUUAUUUUUUGAUUUUUUUAAUUUUUUUGAACCUUAACCUCUGUAAAGGUUCCACUUCAUUCUACUGUAAUACCAGAAAGCAGGGACAAACAUUAAUCAUUAACAAAUGGCUCAUCAACAAAACUCAUCAUACUUUCACAGAAUGAUUGUUCUCUACAUAUUGCUUUUUUUUUCUUGUAUGCUUGCCAUCAGGUGCAACAUUGCACACAUAACAUAUUUAGCUAGAGGCCAAUAUUGGAUAACUUCUGCCAUAUUUGCUGUAUUUGCUAGGAUAAGUUUUAUCCUCAGUUUACAGUUGCAGUUCAACUUGUCAAGAACUUGUCAAAGACCUGCCAGACUUGCCAUGAUUUGGAUUCCACUACUCACACAGAGAGCCCUCAGAGAGGAGAAUGGCUAUUUAAAGACAGAAAUGAGAACACAGUUGCCAGCUCCUGGCAUAAUUGGGAUGCCACCAUCACAUAAUCACUCAGGUACUCAUUCUCUAAAAUUUUCUCCCAGUGAACAGUCGCUUGUGAGGCAUCUCCAGUCUCUGCCUCCUGCAGGUGCAAUACUCAGGACUUUGUGGAGCAGUUUACUAUGUCUUAACUCUUUUACUUGAAAACACAAAGUGCAACACAUAGCUAGAUGGUUUCCCAUCUUCAGAAUUCCUGGAGUUUCCCACCUUUGUAAUUUUAAAACAGCACAGCUUUUUCUUCAAGGAGAAAAGCAAUAGUUUUAACAGAAUACUGGUCCUUUCUCUUAACUACUUUAUCUUAUGGAAGUUUUCUCUGCUGAAACAUCACCCUCUUGUGGCCAUCUUGCAAAUCUGCCAAAAAGGAAGAGAAGCAGAGAAAUGCUGUAUUAUUUUUCUUUGAAAUUUCCUAUGUUUUGAUCAUAUAGAUUCCCAGACUCUCCAAAAGCAUGUCAGGCUGUACUGUGUGGUGAGAGAAACUCACAUCAACCACCAAAUGCAUCCAUGAGUAAAACAAGAUGUGGCUAAGUCAGCAGUUCUAAGAAAAACAUACACAAACACAACUGCCACUGAAGUGUAUUUAAACCUACUCUUCAGCCUCACUAGAAAGACAAACGAGAUGCUGGGGCUCUAACAGUAAAGAGGGGGCAUGGGGAAGGCUAGGAAGCUCCAUGCAGACAGCACUCUCCAGGGUGAGGCAAGUGUAGAGGUAAUGAGAUUUUACUCACAUGUGACCGUAUUUAUCUGACUACUGUCACUCUGUCCCCUUGACUGCCUUGACCCUGAAGAGAGAGAAAGAGUACCUGCUAAUAAAAUGUGCAUGGAUGCUCUCUUAGAAGGCAUUAAUCCCGUUUCAGUUGUGACACCGACAGCAUCCUCAGCUUUCAGACAUAUCUUUGGAGACCAGAGAGAUGCCGCUUACAGCUUACAGCUAAUACACGUGUAGUCCAGAGUGGUGUUCUGCAGUGACAAUCUGUCUAAUCAUAGAUUUCCAGUUUUCUGCCAACUGAAGGACAAACCUUAGCCUUUGUGCGCUUGAGAAUGUGCUCUUCCUUGGCUAGCAAGUCCAUCUUUACGUGCAGUAUCUUUGCCCAAACAGGGCAGAAUAUAUAACCAAAUUCUGUUAGGAAAACUUUCAAUCUGCUUGCCAUAAUGUCCAAAGCUGGCAGUGGCAAUAUCACAUGCUGCAUGGUCCUAGGUGACCCAUUCCAGGUGACCAUGCUUGAGCAGGAGGUUGGAGAAAUUGGCUUUGAGAUCCCUUCCAACCUCAACUAUUCUGUGAUUGCAUGUUUUAGGGAAGAAACUGUGGCAUGGGGGGAGAUUUGCGCACUGAACAAAUAUUAAAGAUGAUGACGCCUGUCUUUUUUUUUUUUUUUUCUUCUAAGCAAGACUAAUAGCUCUGAAAUAUAUUCUCCAUUGCAUGUCUUCCCACGGCAUCAAGAUAAACAGGGUCUAAGGCAGCCAUAGUAGGAAGCAUUGAAGGACAUAAACAGAAAACAGCAUGGAGAGCAGUGCAGUUCUUCACGGUCUGUUCAGGUUACACAGCAAGGCUGCUAUAAUGAUUCCAGUGACAGAGGAUUCUUAGAACACUACGAGUUUCAGUGUCUCAAGUGUAACAUGGACAGCAUGUACUAAGGAAAAUGGGAUGGUGACUGCAAUGCAUCUUAAAUACAGCAGGGCUGACCUGUAUUCAGUUCUGUACCCAACUUGGUUUGUCUCCACCAGGUCUGAUAACAUGGUACACAUCUGAUAAUGGAGCUGACUUGCACAUAAUUGCCAGCACACUGCCAUCACAGUAUGGAGCCUGUGUAAGUCACAUUCCAUUCUGUAUCCAGUAUUUGAUUGGUAGGUUAUCUGACAAAAGAAGAAUUUAUUUGACUUGCUGACUAGUGAUAGGACAAGUCACUGGCACUUAGAGCUACACAUCUGACUCAUCACAUAGACAAGAUCACAAUGCUCUACACAGCACAUGGCCAGAUUGACAGUGUAAUACAGGGAUGCAAAUCUGCCACCAUUUCACAUUGCCCUUGCAUCUUGCCAUAGCACAGGGCCAGCUGCUAUUCUGCAGAGAAUAAUCUCCCUAUGUUAGCACUAGCUAUGUACUUCCAGCACCACUUUCCAGGAAGGAGUAGGAAAUCAAAGAAACCACUAGGCUGGAAGAGCAAUGGUCUCGUUUCAAUCCCAGAUGAGCCUAUGCUGCUAAGAUUCCCAAUGACUAUUCAGCUCUAGAUUCUGAUGCCCACAUGUCAAGAACCAUUUCCAACCUGAUAGGAACCACUGCGUUUUCUGUUCUUAGAGAUGGAUAGGGGUCAGGUAAGAGGACUGGCAGGGGAUCAGGAAUUAUGUUCCCACCCACAUGUGAAUGCAAUAUGUUGUAAUGAAAAUUCCAAUUUGUUCAGGGAGCAGAGGAUCUGAGUAGCACCCUCAAGAUAGAUUUCUUAUCAGUAGCCAAGGAUCUGUGAUCCUCCUCCAUAACAGCAAAGGGAUGGUACUGUCAACACUGGUGAGUCUGGCUGAAACACGCUCACCUCUCGUACAAUCACAGGUGCAUGAAACGCUGGGGAAACAGGACUCUGCCACACCGUCUUAUUGCUGUUGAUACAUUACACUUUUGAGCAUCAGAGAUCACAAAGAAACUACUGUCAUUCAAAUAUCAGUUUCUAGGCACGAAGGUUUUAGAUGUGUGUCACUACAUCCUCUUGUUGGGCUGGAGGAAGUUGCUCUCAUAACAAUACUAAUGUUUAAUUAAUUACACAGGUAGAAAACUCGUCAGUGAACUAACUGUGAGCAAAAGCCACAUAGACACAGAUACAUAGUUAUCUUUGGGAGACUUAACCCUGUUAAUAUAUUGAUGCUCAUUCAAAAAAAACCUUUCUCAGAGUCUACAUCAAAGUCAUGCAGAGUAGCACUUUCCAUGUUAAAACCCAGGACUUUCUAAGUGAUGCUGAAGGCUCUCAAAGGUCUUGCUGUACAGUUUUUAAAUAGCACUAAGGAAAACUUGACAAUCAACCAUUUAUACAGUGGUUAUACAAUAACUGGCAGAAUCAUGCUCUUUACCAUAUUGGCACCUCACAAAUCAUACUUCCAAACAGCUAGUAUGAAGUUUGAACUCUAUCAGUAAUUGUUCUGUUCUCUACUGGAAUCCAAUCAAAAGCCAGCUUCAACUAGUUUGAGUCAAUAGGUAUAAAAAAGCCCAAACUUUUUCUGGGUGUUCAGUAAAAAGGUUUCUGUCAAAUUAGCCAUUUGGAGUACUGUUCAUCUGGUAGAGGAGUUUUCUUUGCUGGGCAUACCUCUUCAAAAAUGAAUAGGAUCAAAAACACAGAAACUUCUUUGGGAAAGUAGAGAAAGGAUGUACUAAGUUAACUAAGCACAUGUUGAAGUGAUUGUAAUUUCACCAGAGGUCAGGACAGUCAAAGGAUAUAAAUGCAGGAAUACUUCACACAAGAGUUUAAAGCAUGUUUUUUUUUUCUACAAUUUCCAGUAACUGUACAGUGUUUGUCUUUAUUAUCAGACCCUAUGAAAAACUUACAUAGCCUUUCCAACAGGAAUUUGUGAGAUUUCAGAGAGACAAAUGUAGCAAGUUGUUUUAUUUUAAGUUUACAAUAACUAGUCUCUCUAUUUUAAACAGAUAAAAAUGCAUAACAAACUUAAGUGUUUUCAAUACCAUGCUCACAACUCCAAAGGCCAGGGAAUCUUCUCAAUACAGACCUCAAUGAAAGAAAAAGAUUGGUUUAUGUCCUGCUGCUACUAAGUGAAAAUGUCUUUGUAGGUUAUGCAGGGCUUUUCCUUGGUAGAAUGUUUCACGUUGAACAUAGGACUAAUGGAGGGAUAGCCAGUAUCAAGAUGUGGGUUAGGGACAAGUUUCAACUUUCCACUGCUGAACUGAGGCACCAGAAACAUUACAGAAGAGGAAAACACCAUUCAGCCUUAGGCCUGAAUACAGCCAACUGUAUCCAAUAGAUUAAAAAAAAAAAAACAGUCUUACGUUAGCUAUUACCAAAUC